AUGGCUAGUUAUACCCGAGGUGCUGCAAGUAAAUUUUGGGAAAAAGUGCGUCAACUUUUGACUGUGAAUCCAGAGUCAAAUACGGGUGUUCCCGUUGUAGGAGUAUAUCGCACACCAUCUCCAGGGUAUGAAGAAAC